UGAAUAACAUACAAGAUAAUCAUCAUAGAGGAUCGUUUGUCAUGUUUCCUGGCGGGUUUGAACGUACUGGAACAUCAAAGAAGUGACCAAAAAAAAGUAACAUGAAAGCAACUUUUGGUUAAGUUUGUGUAUUGCAAAAUUUAUAAUAAAUGUUGUGUUGUAACGUGCGUAGUUUAAAAAUAAAGUAUAAAUGAUGUAUUGUCCAAGUAUUAGUACCUAUAACUGCUUUAUGUUACGUAUAGGUUAAGAUGUAAAGUUAUUUUGAUAAUUUGAGAGAUUAAGAAAUUGAAACAGCAAGCUUAAAUUUUAAUGCAAAAUGGCAGGUAGUAGCGAACUUUGGAUACAAUGUUUUAAGUGUUGUUUGCAACAACAAGAACCACGUUCACGAAGUGGGAAACACAAGACUCAUCAGAGGCUCAGGAUAGAUCGAAGCAUGAUUGGAGAGCCUACAAAUUUUCGACAUACAGGUCACAUCAGUAGCGAUGACUUCAAUAUGACUGGAGAUUGCUUAUCCACUAUUCAAGAAAGAAUGCAACAUAAAGGUGGUUAUGACACUUCCUUUAGCGUUAAGGCAUAUUGAUAUACGCGUUAAAAA